CAUAAAUUCAAGGAAUCAGGCCGACUAUUGUCCACAUUUCCUGUAGUAUCUCGCCGGAGAACGACGAUGGAAUCACCUUUCAAAGCUGAUAUUCUCAAGGGGAAGGUGGCGCUCGUGACCGGAGGCGGAUCCGGCAUCUGCUUCGAGAUAUCGAUGCAGUUCGGUAAGCACGGCGCCGCUGUCGCCAUCAUGGGCCGCCGCCCCCAAGUCCUUGAAGCCGCCGUCGAUGCCCUCAAGUCGCAGGGCAUACGAGCAAUUUGGAUGGAGGGAGAUGUACGCAAAGAAGAAGAUGCUGCUAGGGUUGUUCAUGGCACGGUUAAGCACUUUGGAAGGCUUGAUAUUCUCGUAAAUGGUGCAGCAGGCAAUUUUCUUGUUUCACCGGAAGAUCUAUCACCUAAAGGUUUUAAGACAGUGCUGGAUAUUGAUUCUGUUGGCACUUUUACAAUGUGCCACGAGGCUCUAAGAUUUCUACAAAAGGGUGGAGAAGGGAAGGACCCAUCUACUGGUGGUCUCAUUUUGAACAUAAGCGCAACUUUGCAUUAUACUGCAACAUGGUAUCAAAUUCAUUCCUCCGCUGCAAAGGCAGCAGUUGAUAGCAUCACAAGGUCCUUGGCCUUAGAAUGGGGCACUGAUUAUGAGAUUAGGGUCAAUGGUAUUGCACCAGGAGCAAUUCAAGAUACUCUUGGAGUUGAAAAACUUUCAACGGAGGAGAUGAGGAGAAAACUAAUACAGAGCACACGUCUUUUUAGAUGGGGGGAAAAAUGGGAUAUUGCAAUGGCUGCUUUAUACCUGGCUUCGGAUGCAGGUAAAUACAUUAAUGGAGCUACUAUAGUCGUUGACCGAGGGAUGUGGCUAAGCCGACCUCGACGAAUUUCAAAGGACGAGGUAAAGCGAAUAUCCAGGAAUCUAGAAAAAAAGUCCAAGGAAUUUCCAACUCCAAAGGCAAACAGCAAACUUUGAUGAUUUAUAUUACACACACACAUACUCACACGCAUGUGCACGUGUGCACGUGCAU